GAUAUCUUAAUUCAAAUGGAGUUGUGUCCUUUAAAACAUUUCUUUUUUCAACAAAUUUUCAGCAGUAGAAUACAUCACCUCAACCAGAUAUAUCCAUUUCCCAUUCGAAUCUGGGAAAUGCCUGGGUACUCUAUAGAGGAUUGUGAUCUAUAUGAUUACUUAAUUGAUUCGGAUCAUGUGAAAGAUAAACAAUUUCUCUAUCCCUCAAAUCUAUUAGUAGUUUUCUCCGAUUCAUCAAAGACCAAUGACAUUUCAAUAUCAAUACCCUGGUGCGGUGAUCUGUUGAUAAGAGAUGAUGAGGUAUCAUCUGACACACCAACAAAUAAUCCACAAUUAGAUUUCCUAUUCAAGGCAUUGGAAACCAAAACAACAAUCGAAGACAAGACAAUAACAUAUUAUAAAUUCACUCACAUUCUCAUCAAAAAGUCCACAUUCCAGAAAUAUUUUCCAUCAUGUCCAUUGAUAGAACAGCUACAGAUUCCCUUAAUAGAAAGUGACCUCACCCUAAAAUGUUCCCCAUUAUCUAGUUCUGGUAAAAGAAUAUAUCGACAUGAAGUCAGUGAUUGUCAUGGUUGGAUGGUUUAUCCCCCUAGUUAUUUUAAACGUGUUUUAAUUGAACUUGUUGUGGAUCCCAAAAAUUCUAGGAUAAUUGGUAAUAAUGUUUCAAUAUUACAAAUAGAUAACGACUACCCCAAUACGAUACUUGAUUUCUUAUCAGAUGCAUAUAAAAAUAAAAUAUUUAAUAUAAAAGAGAAAGAAAGAAAAAGAGUAGAGAAUAAUAUUACAGAGACUGCUGAACAGAUAGAAGAAAGAAAGACGACAAUAUUUUUAAUAAUAAUGGACAAAGUAGCUCAUGAAUUUGUGGAACGUGGAAAUUUCGUUGAUCUGUAUAUAUGUUAUCACACAGAAUCAAUUACGGGUCUAUCAAGCGACCUUGUGAGAAGCAAAUUGUCUGUGAAAACUGUUAAACGUGGAUAUGAAAAAAAUGAAAGUUUAUUAACUUUUAUGAUAACUUCCAGAACCUAUACUCAACAAACAAAAAUAGAACUCCGAAAAGAUGCUCAUAGGUCAGAAAUAAUCGAUGUCCAACCUAAAGAAUAUAUCAAAUACACGAAUUCUAUAAGGAAACAUCUAUACAAAGCAUUACAACAAUACAAGAACGAUACAAUGUCAUACUCACGUGAAGACAAAGUUAAAACAAUAAUUUUUGAAAUUUGUAAACUG